AAAUCCUCAACCCAAACCGGUGAGCAUGAAAGGCCCCACCGGAAGACAUCAUUGCACCCCCACUUGCCAAUCAAUGAGAGUUGCUGGACCCCUCCAUCAUUAUUCAUUCCCUCAUUGCUCUUUCUCCUCUCUCUUUCUUCUCUUCUCUCCUCUCUCGCACUCUCUCUCUUCUCACUCUUCAUUUCUUUCUCAUCUCAUCUCGCAGUGUCUUUCCCCCCCUCCCCCCGCUUCUUCCAUUGCGUAUAAAUCUUGAUUUACGAGGAAGAAUAGGAAUAGUAAGCUGCAAUCAUGGGUUACACUGA